AUCAAAGCUGAUGCAAGUGAAGGUUCCCCUCUAUGAUAACUCUGUCUGCAAUGAUGUCAAUCAUUACUUUGGCCAGAUCUCCAGUAACAUGGUGUGUGCAGGCUUUGAUGAAGGUGGUAAAGAUUCAUGUCAGGGAGAUUCAGGUGGACCUCUAGUCUGUCAGUCAGGUUCUAAUUACUACCUGACAGGUGUGGUCAGCUGGGGGUCAGGAUGUGCAUUUCCCUUCAGCCCUGGGGUCUACGCCAAGGUCACAUCUCUGGUCAGCUGGGUCACGUCUAAUACUGGUGUACAACCUGGUUCAAGUGUUGUCAUCCCAGCAACAACUGUUGCAUCUGUUACAACAGCUGCUCCUGUCACAACUACAGCAGCUGCGACAACUACUACAUCUGUAUCAGGAACAACCACCACAGUUGCAGGAGUGACUACAGCUGCAACCACCACCACAACAGCAGCACCUGCUACAACCUCUACAACUGCUGCUACAACCUCUACAACUGCUGCUACAACCACAACAGCUGCUGCAACUACAACUACAGCUGCAUCAACUGAUUCGUGUGGUGUCCCUGUUGUUACUCCAAAGGUUAAUUCAAGGAUUGUUGGUGGGGAGGAGGCCAAUGCUAACAGUUGGCCCUGGAUUUCACCUCUUAUUAUUAAUGGAUUCCAGAGCUGUGGAGCAUCAUUGAUUAGUCCUGAGUGGGUUGUAACAGCAGCUCAUUGCACUUCAGGGUUGUCUGCAAGUCAACUAUCAUUGAGUUUUGGUGAGCAUGAUACUACAGUAUCAGAGUCAACUGAAGUAUCUAGAACAGUAUCCCAGGUCAUCAAUCAUCCAAACUACAACACUGGAACACUUGAUUACGAUAUUUCUGUGUUGAAGUUGAGCUCACCUGUGACAUAUACCAAUGCUAUUAGGCCAGUUUGUUUGCCUUCAUCUUCUAUGGACUUUGCUGUUGGAUUGACUUGUGUUGUAGCUGGAUGGGGAACACAGGCAUUUGGUUCAUUUUCCACACCACCUAAGCUACAGCAGGUAAAGGUCCCUCUGUAUAGCAAUGCUGUAUGUAAUGAUGCUUUUCAUUACUUUGGUCAAAUCUCAGACAGGAUGGUCUGUGCCGGCUUUGAUGCAGGUGGUAAAGAUUCAUGCCAGGGUGACUCAGGUGGACCUCUCAUGUGCCAAGUUGGUUCCAACUAUUUCCUCACUGGUGUUGUCAGUUGGGGUUCUGGUUGCGCAGGAGUAAAUAGCCCUGGGGUAUAUUCUCGUGUGACAGCUCUCAGCUCCUGGAUUCAGUCCAACACAGGUGUCAGCCCUAAAUCGAAUGCCGUACCCUUUAGCAUGACGAUGCCUAUCACUACUCUAACUGGGACAAGAGCUUGUGGGAUCCAGGCCAUCCAUCCUAAGAGUGCAGGGGGAAAAGUGGUUGGUGGAGUAGUGGCCACAGAGAACAGUUGGCCCUGGCAGGUGGCAGUGUUUGAGGAGUCAUCGGGAUUGAACUUCUACGUAUGUGGUGGUACCCUCAUUGAGGACCAGUGGGUAGUCACUGCUGGACAUUGUGUUAAAGAUAAAUCUGCAAGCAAGUUCACAGUCCGACUAGGAGAGCAUGAUCUAACUGUUAAAUCAAGCAUGGAGAUGGACUACAAAGUGUCUGAUGUCAAUCUACAUCCCAUGUAUCAAUCCCUACAGUAUGAUGUAGCCUUGCUGAAGCUAGAGACUCCUGUGAGGUAUAGCAGAGAAGUCAGCCCUCUCUGUCUCCCCUCUGCCUAUAGUGAAUUCCCUGACAGUAUGGAGUGUGUUGUCACAGGUUUUGGACACACCAGUGAUUCCAGUAUGAAUAACAAACUAAACCAGGCCAUUGUCCCAAUCAUCAACCAGGAGGUUUGCCAUCAGAGGUAUUGGGGAGAUCUUAUAGUAGAGAGUACAAUGUGUGCUGGUUAUGCAGAGCCUGAACCCAAUGCUUGCACUGGUGAUUCUGGCUCCCCCCUAGCAUGUCAGUAUGAUGGUCAAUUCUUCCUUGCUGGAACUGUAUCAUUUGGUACAGCAGGCUGUGAAACCAGAGACUCUCCAGCUGUAUAUGCCAGAAUGACUUCAGUGGUACCAUGGAUCACAGAGGAGAUAUAUCAAUAAACAUAGAAUAGAUUAAAUAGCAUAGUGAGAUAUUUAGUCAUGUUCAUUCACUCGCCUCCCAUCUGUGAACUGGGCAUGCAAAGGUGACUGGAGCAGGAAAUCUUAAUAUCUGAAUGCCGUCUGGAUUUUCAAUGGUUACUUUUAAUAAAACUAUAUAUUAAUAAAAAAAGAUUACUGGACAAUGAGUUGUUGAGAAUACCGGUUGAGAUUUCACAGUUAUUUCAAUGUGAUAAUGGAUAUAGAAUUUGAAUACGAUUUCCUACAGAUGUACUUGCAGUUGAC